CGCGCCGCAACACGCCACCAACACAAUGGAAGAAGACCGCACAGCCACGAAUCUUGGGCCUGAGGUGAACGAUGAAAUCACAGAGGAGCCAGCUGCCGUACCUAAGCAGCCAAAGAGGAGAUUUGUUGGGAGAAAGACGGCUGAGAAGAGCGGCGAGCAGCAGGCAGAUCCCAAUGCGAACAUUGAGGACUCGAGCGCAAUACAAGUUGCCCAACCUCGCCGCACUGCUCGAGCCCUGAACGCUAUACCCGACUCUAUCCUGCAUGACAAAGACAUCAACGAUGCUAUCGCUCUGCUCCCACCGAACUACAGCUUCGAGAUCCACAAAUGCAUACACCGUAUACGGACAUCCGGGGCGAAGUCCAUAGCGCUACAGUUCCCAGAGGGGCUGCUGCUCUUCGCUACAACGAUUUCAGACAUCCUUACGCAGUUCUGCCCUGGCACAACGACCCUGAUCAUGGGCGACGUGACAUACGGCGCAUGUUGCAUAGACGACUACACGGCGAGAGCGCUUGGCUGCGACCUUUUGAUUCACUAUGCGCACAGCUGCCUUAUCCCGGUUGCGGUCACAAAGAUUGCAACGCUGUAUGUCUUCGUUUCGAUCAGCAUCGACACCACACACCUCAUAAACACUAUCACCGAGAACUUCCCCACAGGCAAGAGUAUCGCCUUGGUUGGGACCAUUCAGUUCAACGCUACAAUACACGGCAUCGUGUCUAUUCUGCGGAGAGAAGGCUACAAGCCUAUCGUUCCACAAAUCGCCCCUUUGUCAAAAGGCGAGAUUCUGGGCUGCACAUCGCCGUCAAUGGCGAUCAAGCCAGGACAGUUAAAUGCCAAGGGCAAGGAGGAAGAAGUGGCAGACAUGAUCCUCUACCUCGGCGACGGACGAUUCCACUUGGAAAGCGCGAUGAUCGCAAACCCUUCAUUACCCGCAUACCGCUACGAUCCUUAUUCACGACGACUCACGCAUGAGACAUACGAACACGACUCGCUCUAUGAUCUAAGACGGACAGCUAUUUUGACAGCGAAGAAGGCGCGCACAUGGGGCAUCAUCUUGGGCUCAUUGGGGAGGCAGGGCAACCCACAUACUCUCACACUGAUCGAGAACGAGCUCAAGAGACAGGGCAUCAAGUGCGUCAACCUAUUGCUGUCCGAGAUCUUCCCAGGCAAACUGGCGAUGAUGUCAGAUGUGGAGGCUUGGGUACAGAUUGCCUGCCCGCGAUUGAGCAUCGACUGGGGCUACGCGUUCCCAAGACCAUUGCUGAGUCCAUAUGAGGCACUGGUCACACUCGGUGUGCGGGAUGCACCAUGGCUUGAGGAGGACCCCGCACAGAGGAAGGUUGAGGAGCGGGAGAGGAAGAAUCUAUAUCCUAUGGACUUUUACGCGAAGGAGGGACUAGGGCGAACGACGAUUGACCAUAUUAAGGCGGCUGAGGUGAAGAUUGGAGCAUGAGGUUAGGACAAGUUUACAUUCAACGGCGUUUAGAUACCACGACAAAUACCGACAGUGUACGAAGAGGCUCGUUUUGGAGACGCACUAGUCGACUAGAAUUUCGACUUCAGCAAUUUGCGACCCUACAAAACAAAGCAGAGCUUGUCCUGGACACACUGAAUGCCUCCUCGCUUAAUCAUGAUUGAUUGAGACAGCUCUCAAAACUGAAAAGCAACGAAUUGUUGCGCCACGCUGGUCUACACAAGGGUUGCGCUGUUUGGCAGUGUGCCGUUAGGAACGAGCCUCUUAGUAUCAUAAAAAUACAAUGU